GUGAAUUUAUUAAUUAGUUUUUGUGAAUUAGUCAUCUAUAGAGAUAAUCAAAAAGUAGAAAACAUGAUUGACCCAGCAAGAUUGAGACAAUGGCUAAUCAAGUAUCAAAACCCAGAAGCUACUUACAGAGAUAUCACGAAUCUAGUGAAUCAGUAUCAAGGUUUACAGCCUCAACAAGACAGCUACACUUUUGUUGAUGGCACAACCAAAGAACUACUAAACCUAAACGGCACAAUCCCAGUGACCUACAAAGGCUCAACCUACAACAUACCAAUUUGCCUUUGGCUCAUCGAUACACACCCAAAUAACGCACCAAUUUGCUAUGUCAAGCCAACUCCUGACAUGUCUGUAAAAGUUUCCAUGUUCGUAGAUCAAAAUGGAAAGAUUUACUUGCCAUAUUUACACGACUGGGUUCCCGGUGCUUCAGAUUUGUUCGGCCUGAUCCAAGUUAUGAUUGUAACAUUUGGAGAACAGCCACCAGUUUUUGCUAAGCCAAAAGAUAGUGCUUUGCCUUAUCCAGGGAAUUCGUUUAUGAAUAAAUCCCAAGGAUUUGGAGGCCCGCCUUAUCCUAGUGGAAAUACACCUUAUCCACCUUCUACUGGAUUUGCAGGGGGUUAUCCACCUUAUCCUCCAACUGGUAGUAAUGUUUUUUCCAAUUUUCCUCCCUAUCCACCUACAGUGUCUUAUCCUCCUUAUCCACCUACUAGCAGUUUUGGAUCACCUACACCACCAAUUAAUAGUGGGACAAUUAAAGAUGAACAUAUUCGUGAAUCCCUUUUGACUGCCAUAGAAGAAAAACUGUUGAGGAGGAUGAAAGAGCAAUUUCAACAAAAUCAAGCCGAAUUGGAGACCCUUAAAAAAACUCAAGAAGAAUUGAGGCAGGGCAAAAAUAAGUUGGAUAAUAUGUUAGAGAAACUUGAAAAGGAACAGAAUGAUUUAAAUAAAAAUGUAACAGUUCUAAAAGACAAGGAACAAGAAUUGAAUACAGCCAUAGAAAAAAUUGGUAAUCAAGAGUCCAUCGAUGUAGAUGAUGCAGUAACUACUACAGCUCCUUUAUACAAACAAUUGUUAAAUGCAUUUGCUGAAGAAGCCGCCCAGGAAGAUGCCAUCUACUAUAUGGGAGAAGCACUUAGAUGUGGUGUUAUUGAUUUGGAUGUAUUCUUGAGGCAAGUGAGAGCUUUGUCCAGAAAGCAAUUUAUGUUACGAGCUUUAAUGAUGAAAUGCAGACAGAAGGCUGGUUUAGUUGUUUAAGAGUUGACGUUUUGUCUUGUUGAAAAUUAACUAAAAAUAAGAAAUAUUUAUCAGAGCUUAUAAAAUAAAACAAAUAUUUAAGGAUAUUAAAAUGUAUUAGAAAUUACUUUAAGUCAAUGUAUUCUUUAUUCAUUUUUUAAUAUACAAGCUUGAAUUUAAUGGAAAUAGAAAUGUGGUUUUGAGGUAUCAAAUUUAUGUCUUUUUUUACAUAAGUACUUAUUGUUAAAAAUCAACUAAAAUCAUUUGAUAUAAUAGGUAGGUAUGUAUUUGAAAGUCUUUGUUCAAUCAGAGCUGCUAUCACUAGAUGUAGAUGGAUGUCUUCUUUUUCUAGGAUUCUUCUCAAAUUUUUUCUUGUCAUCACUACUAUCAGAAUCUUCAUCACUAGAAGGUUCAUGCCUUCUCUUGUACUUAUUCGAAACUUUUGGCGAACUAUGUUUCUUUUUCUUCUUCUUAUGCUUCUUGAGUUUCUCUUUGAGUUCUUCUUCGCGGAGUUUAGUGAGCGGAGUAACGUAAUCCAUAUCAGAUUCGCUGCUUGUGCUGCUCACGUCCAAAACGAUUUCUUUGUUGGGAUCCACUUUCAGGAAGUUUCUACAUUGGAAGGUCAAGUGGCCAGCGUAGCCGCAUUUCUUGCAUGCUGCUCGGGUCGUUUCUUUAGCUGGCGGUAGAAGACGCGAGGCGUAUUCGUUGUUCAUGAUUGUUUGAAACUGUAAAAAUUCAAGAAUAAUACCACAAAAAUAUUAAACUUUAUAACAACAAAGCCAAGUCCAAAACAAACAAAGUACAGUUAUUUUUGUGGUUUCUGUCCGACAAAUGACUUUCGAC